ACCACCAUGGCGCUGCUCAGGGAGCCAAAUGGCUAAAUAGUCUUGUCUUAAAUCUGUCUCCUGUGUUACACUAAAUUAUCCUCACAGGUGUAUUUCCUCAGUGCCUCAUCUGGGCCAUGGAUACCAAAAAGGGAUAGAUGAGGAGAGAAUGCCUUCCACUUCCACAUAAUCAGAAAAAAACAUAAAGAAAUGGCUGUUGCUGCAGGGAAGGCCAGCACUUGAUCAUGGAGCACGACAUCAUUCCAGAUUGAAGGGAUGGCAUGGAAAACAUGGUACAUUUAUCAAACUCAAGGAAAUAACAGCCAGAAAGAUAAACAGAGAAAUACAAGAGAUUGUGUAGGCACCAAAGAGAUUGAAGUCCUGAAUGAUAACAAUUAAGGGGAAGUUCUCAGGAAAGGAAGGUAUCCAAACUAUUGACUCUACCCAGGCCCUAUUCCUUCCAAUUGGAGCAUCUGUCUCUCUCCUAGUAAUGUUCUUCUUCUUUGACUCAGUUCAAGUAGUUUUUACAAUAUGUACAGCAGUUCUUGCCACAAUAGCUUUUGCUUUCCUCCUUCUCCCGAUGUGCCAGUAUUUAACAAGACCCUGUUCACCUCAGAACAAGAUUUCCUUCGGUUGCUGUGGGCGUUUUACUGCUGCUGAAUUACUGUCAUUCUCUCUGUCUGUCAUGCUCGUCCUUAUCUGGGUUCUCACUGGCCACUGGCUUCUCAUGGAUGCCCUGGCCAUGGGUCUCUGUGUCGCCAUGAUCGCCUUUGUCCGCCUGCCCAGCCUCAAGGUCUCCUGCCUGCUUCUCUCAGGGCUUCUAAUCUAUGAUGUCUUUUGGGUGUUUUUCUCCGCCUACAUCUUCAAUAGCAAUGUCAUGGUGAAGGUGGCCACACAACCGGCUGACAAUCCCCUUGACGUUCUAUCCCGGAAGCUCCACCUGGGGCCCAAUGUUGGGCGCGAUGUUCCUCGCCUGUCUCUGCCUGGAAAACUGGUCUUUCCCAGCUCCACCGGCAGUCACUUCUCUAUGUUGGGCAUUGGGGACAUCGUGAUGCCUGGACUCCUGUUGUGCUUUGUCCUUCGUUACGACAACUACAAAAAACAAGCCAACGGUGACUCCUGCGGUGCCUCUGGACCCGCCAAUAUCUCUGGACGCAUGCAGAAGGUCUCCUACUUUCACUGCACCCUCAUUGGAUACUUUGUAGGUCUGCUCACCGCUACUGUGGCAUCUCGCAUUCACCGAGCAGCCCAGCCUGCCCUUCUCUAUUUGGUGCCAUUUACCUUAUUGCCACUCCUCACGAUGGCCUAUUUAAAGGGUGACCUUCGGCGGAUGUGGUCUGAGCCAUUCCACUCCAAGUCCAGCAGCUCCCGAUUCCUGGAAGUAUGAUGGAUCCCAGAGAGUGACCAGAAUGGCCAUCUUAGUCCUUUUCUGUCAACGCGUGGUUUUGUUUCCUCUUAGAGCUGGCCUGGUACUCAGAGAUGUACCUGUUUAAGGAACUGACGUGUGACUGGAUUUUGCGUUUGCAGGGAGUUUGUUUGCAGGAGCGAGGUGCUGGAGCCCUGCUUGGUUCUUUCUCUUCCUGCCGUUGUAGAGGCGGAGCCCCUCCUGAAGUGACAGGCCCCCCCCAGCGCUCCUUCCUCCCCCGUUUUUAUGAAUCUGCACCAGACUGUUACCCGUGGGGGAUGGAGAUGUGACUGUUUAAAACUGACAACGGCAAGGAGUCGUUCUGUACCUUUUGAACACUAAAAGGAUGAAAAAUAUUAGCAAACCGAAGUUUCUUCAGUGAACCCUCAAGAACUUUGGGACCAGUUUCCUAUGGGGGACUCAGUUUCAGAGAACUGAGACAGAAGCUCUUCUGUCGUUCUAUUCUUUCCUUUUUUUGGAUUUAUUAAAUAUUUUCUGUGGUGUGAAGUGACUUAUUAAAUCCACAGACAUUGAGUGACUUCUUACAACAUAAACAUAAGAAUUUGUUGUAAUGAGUUCAUGUCCACCCAGAUGUUGUGUUGGCAGUGAACGAGGGCACGGUUUUUAUACAUACACACACACGCACAUAGGUAUAUAUGAAUAAACAAAAAUUAAAACCUGCUAAGAUCAUGCUGUGUAGCAGACAGGGACUUGCUGUAAUUUUUAGCAUGUAGAGCAGUUUACUCUGGCUUUCUUGUAUAUGGAUAAGCUGCUGUCUUUCCCUCCACAACUGAACGUGCAGUUAAAAACCAGUAUAGUAUUUGUACUGAUAUACUCAUGGACUUGAGGGGGCUCUCAUUUGGUUUUGGUCAGUGUAGCAAAUUAGGGAUGAAAAGUUAAAACUUUUUGGCCCUUUUUUUGUUUGUUUUUACAGGCUUCUCCCUUGCAGGGUUUUUAGUAGUUUCUUCUUGAACCAAUGCAUGUAAUAUAGCAGCAGGUGUCUUUGUGCUUUCUGAUCAUAGUAAUGUACUACUUGUAAAUACAUUUUUCUAUUUUCUAUUUUUUUUUGUAUUUUUUUUUUUUUUUUGGCAUUUUGUUUCAUUGGUGUGCUGUAUUUUCCAUGCCCUCACUCCUUUAAGAAAAAAAAAAGGAAAAAAGCAACACGAUCCUGUCCUUGCUGUUGUGAUUAUGGUCUUGGUUUACCUGUGGUGACAACUGGGUGUUGGGGACAAAUGUCAAAUGCCCCUCUGAGCUGGGCCCUACAUUCUAGGAGUUGUGGAAGGAGCGAGCUGCUCUGUCCCCUUAGAAUCUGACCAUGUGCUGUGGUCUUUGCUGGAGAGCUGGCAUUCUGGUAGUAAUUUAAGUGUGAUCGUGUCAGCUCGCCUUUGUCUCAGCAGCCCCAGCCCGGUAAGAAAUUGCCCACUGUACAGGCAGAGAGAAUCCUGGCUACCUGACAGCAGAGGUCGGAGAAGGGCCCACGUGUCCUGAUUUCUCCCUUUGGCAGGUGACGUGCCUCUGCCUCAACCUGUGUGAUGAACUGGUGUGCUGGGCUUCCCGUUGCCAGAAGCCACGGUGGACAGAGCUCGUAGGCCGUGCGCGUCGCAGGGCGUGAGGGCGGGAAGCCAUCAGGAUGGUGCGUUCUUCUGUUGUGUCUUCAAAUCCUGCUGAGGGCUGUUUUGUUUUUUGUGUUCUGUUGUUUUUGUUUUUGUUUUUUUAAUAAAUGACUCCUUUCUAGC